CACGAUGGGGGCGGGGCUCCGGGAUCCACCUCUGAGGUCCAGCGCUAAGCCUGGUACAGGGCUGCGGUCCUGCUCCCAUGUCCGGCUUUGACGUCCACGUGCUGUUCGCAGCUCCACAACCGACGAGCUGAGGGCGCGCGGCAACAGCGGGGAGAUUAAAGGAGUUCCAGUGGAAAGUUGGCGGCGGACACGCGCGCUCCGGCUCGCGGGGACGCGCUUCUUCUCCUGAGCGCUGCGGUCAGUUUUACGAGCGGCGAGUAGAACCACGCGGCGAGGACAGACUGAGACUGGUAAAACGCGGUAGAACAGGAGUACAGGAGCCGGAGUGCAGCGGCGCAGCGAGGAGAUGUUUAAACGGAGCAAAAGCAAAGUGCUGGUGGAGUCCGCGUCGGAGGGGGAGGAUGAGGAGCAGCUGGAGGAGCGGCAUCCCGCGUGCGCGCAUCAGGCGGAGGAACCAGAUCACGAGGAGGAUAUUGCAAGUCCUGCUUUGGAGGAGGUCAAAGUUAAAGUCAAACCCAAGAAGUUGAAAAAGGACAAGAAACUCUUUCCUCAACUCUUUGCUCAAGACGAUCAACACUUUCUGCUGACUGGUGUCAGUUCAGCACAGAACAGAGGAACAUCCAGCAGAAAGGGUAAAGAAGAGGAGAAGGGCUUCUGGGACAGUGUCACCAUGACCAUGAAGCAGAUCACUCCCACCAAACGAAUGGGCAAGAUGGAAGGCUGGGAGCCACCCAGCACUGGUAAGAUGACUGAGGUGCUGGAGGAGCAUGUGGCCAGAGACUCUGUCCUUCCACCCAAUGAAGAUGCCUCCUGGACUGGCUUUGAGGAGGACUCAUCUAGAUAUACCAGCCUGUCAGAUCCACCAUCCUCUGGGGUUCGAUGGACCACCAAAGCCAAGGGCAAACUGGCUGGCAUAAGGAGGCGGAGUCGGGGUAGUCUUAACGAGAAUUGGGAGGGGCUCAAAUAAGGCUGAGCCUUGCACUAGACAAAAGAAUACAACACCUGCCUGUCAAUGUGCUGCUGUACUGGACCAUGUUUUAAUUAUUACACAAUGGGAUGUUAGGUCUAAUUUAUAAGGUUUCUUUUAACACCAGUGACAAAAAUGGUGCAAAAAAAUACAAAAUGGGUAAACUCAAGAUGUGGGAUAUUACCCAUGAUAAUCUGAAUGUCUGGAUUGUAAAUGAGGGUUGGAUCUAAGUAAAAAGCUGUAACAGAUGGUGGGGAGGGGGGAAACAGAGGGAGCAUAUUAAAGCCUUAUACUACUUCAGACUGUGUUAAACACUGACCAUGAUGCAUUUAUCAGCUGAAUUUUAAAGCUAAAUCAGUUUUUGGUUCUUUAUGAAAUGAAUCAAGCAACUUUUUCAUAGUAUGCUGGGAGUUAUUUCUAACUUCAUGUGUGGGCCUUUGGAGGGAUUCUAAGAUGGAACUUCAGGCUGUUUUUGAACUAAUUGACUCAUUCUGCUGAUUUCAGUGUAAAAAGAUUUGAAUUGACUGUGAGUGUGUGGUGUGUACUUUUCUUUGAAAACCUGGUUUAUCACUUAAAUUGUACUGGACAAGGGCAUUUUUAGCCAGACAAACUGGCCCUGGUUUAGGUGUGUUUUUAGCAGAUUCUGAUGCUAUUGACAAGUUAAUCUUAUUUAUAUCGCAUUACGUAGACUGAGAAUUUAAAUUUAUCCAUUUGAAAUUUUUUAUGUAUACUUUAUAGGGAAGGAUGGAAUACUUUAUCUGACUUGGAAAUGUUAGACCAAAAUAGUAUUUGAUUUUAGGGCAGAGGUUCAUGAAAAUACCUGCAUUAAACUUCAUUCUGCAUUCUGAUCACUUCUUCUGAUGCAGCAAAGCAUCCAGUGCUGGUUGCUGUGCAGAUGUGCUUUACUUGGUAAAUAUUUUGCAUAAUCUUGCUAAUUGUAUUUAAGUAAAUCUUCUGAAAUGUUACGAAAAUCAUGUCCCUUGACUGAAAUAUAACAUUUGUAUAAUCCAUUUAAGGGUAAAUGGUUGGUUUUAAUUUUGAUUCAUG